UAGAGUUGGGAGGCACACACGCAUCUACUUUUUUGAUCCCGUGGUCUGGUAAAUAAAGAGUUGAUGCUGCUGCUCUUCUUUAUAUCAAACCGUAAUCAAACCCUGGCUCCAUCCGUAAGAAGACACAAAGCAGAAGGUUAGGUGGGAGUACUUUGUAAUUGAAUUCAAACACGAAACUCAAGAAUUCAGCUUCCUUCCUUCAAGAGACAUAAUAAUCGGUACGUAUACAAGGUGUCUGCUUGUUAUACACUACAUAUUUAAUAACAGGGAGCUUUUGCACGAGGAGGGGAAAAGUUAAUUGAGAAUCAGCUGAAAAAAGAAUAAUAUUUAAAAGUUUAGAAAAACUCUCGUGUAAACUAGCGUGUAAAACAAAGAAACAUAUUUUUCAAGUGGUGUGUACUAAAUUCAGUACACGGAACGGAGAACCGGUGAAUCAUUUACCUUACUGACUGUUGUAGUGACGCUUUUUAUCUGUGUAUCGACAUUAAAGCAAAUGUGUGUGCAAUUGUUACAUAAGAAAAUUGUGCGUUGGACGAGUUGUUUUGUUGCAAAAACUAUAUAAAAAGAAAGAAAGAGAGGAUACCGCAACAAUUCAAGUAUCGGAAAUCAUAGAGCGAAAGAGAAGUAAUAAAUUUUAGUAAAUUGCAUUGAAACCAAAGUGUGUAUGUAGGAACAGUAAACAUUUCUGUGUGUGUGUGUGUAAAUGCGAACAGGAAGCAGUUACUCAAAUUUGAAACUAAUAAUUACAUCUUAAUGGUCAGCCUUGUGGUUUAGUAGUUGGGUUAACCAUUUAAAUAUUCAAAUAAACGUGGUUUUUAUCAUCAAUAAGACAGUGAGAGAGAACCAACUCGUGUUUAGUGUAAAAUUUAUGUACGUAUUUAAUACAUAAAUGAGAGCACUGAAUAAUAUUGUAGAACUGGAAAAGACACGACACAGAAGCUUAUACAUAAGCCAUUCAGCCAACAUUUAUUAGAUUACAGGAUUACCGACGGACAUAGCAGAUUGGAAUUUGAGAUUUCUUCUCUCCCUUAUUACUCAGCACGAAUAUCUAGAUUCUUGAUCUGGUCAAGUCGUUCGUCCAAGAUUUAAAAAAUUAAAACAAGACUAUAACAGAGUUUUUAAGUAAGUGAGAAAAUUCACUUUGAAGCAAAAAGUUGAAAUAAUUGCUACAUUCACUCGCCCGUCCCGUCCUGCAGGCUGACCCUUUUCAUCGUUUUUAUCAAGCGACGAAAGACAACAGAUAAGUGAUAAGCGACGAGCAAAAGCUGACCCGAUAACUCAUCGCUCUAAAGAAAGAAAGACAAGUCUAGAUCACGAAGACGAACUCCUCCGUGGUGGUGAGCAGUCAUUCAGAUUCUGAGAGAGAAGCAGUCCAAGCGUCCACCUUUCUUGACGUAAUAAAAGGUAGUAGUACUGCACCAUACCACACAGCUCUUCUCUCUUUUAGUUUUACACACAAGUAAUAAGUAAGUAAGAUUCUUACUUACGGUCAGAAGAAGAAGGACCCACCGACCGACCGACGGACCAGUAUUACCAACUCCCUGAAGCUGCUAAACCAACAAAGUGUAUAACGUAAAGACGACGAGAGGAGCUAUUUAGAAUUUUACCCUCCGUAUUAUACACAACGCCACAGAACAGAACUUGUAUGUCCGUACUGCUUCAUGAGUUGAUUCCUCAUUCGUUUCGAGUAAGGCUGUUGGUUGGUAAAAUACGUAACUUACGACCAUCUCCCACCACCACCGACCGACUAAAAAGGGAGAAAGGAAAAGAGACCUCGACUGCUGGUAAUCCAGUGGAAUCCGGCAGACUGGAAGUACAAGUUGGACGGGAAGGACGCGUCCGCAUUCGAGCUCCUCCGCAGAGCUGUAAAACAUUUUAAAGAGGGGAGAAAAGACCUUCUUCCCACUUUGUACUGACUGAGAGAAUAACAUUUUAAGCUGGUUAAUACCAACCCAUAACAUAAUACCGCAUCGUGUGGUUUUAGUCAGUUGUAAUCUUACGGCCAAAGAAGAAGUGAACACAACACAAAAGUGAACAACAACAGAGAGUUUCUCGAAAAGUGCAGGUGUUUGGAAUUGGACUUAAUCUUAACUUCCAAAGUUCCUGUGUUCUUUUCCCCAAAUUUUUGGUUGGCCUUUUCGUAUUUUUGUGUUGUCAUCCUUUUCUCAACAAAAAGAGAAACAACGACGAGGUCGUCGCAUGGAGUAAAACGCACUUACUGGACACUUAAGACUUUGGAGGACUGCUUAAUGAAUAGUUUCAUAUUUUGCACACAUCAUCACUAAGAAAAGGACUAAUGGUCUAAAUCCACUCCUACUUGGGCAGUAGUGGAAGGCCACAUAAAACUGGGGCAAAGAAAUACUUGCUGGGGAAAGUUUUCUGAUAGCAGUGAAAAUUAACUCGAUUACGAUGAAACAUUUUUCCUGGGGCAGAUUGCGAUUUGAUUAAAAUCAUAAAUUAUUCCCAAGUCAAGAAUAGUGAUUAAGAAGCAAUUUGGACUUUUUGAAAGUUUCAUUUGGUUUCUUGGUGUGUGUGUGUGCCGUCGUCAUCCACCCACCGAUAAUCAAUAAUUCGCCAAGUUUUAUAAGUAUAUAAGUGUUUGUGAGAAGGAGGAGGCGAUACCCGGAAAAGUUUACUUUGCGCGUUUUUUUUUCACUCAUUUUAUUAAAAGUAACACUCAACCACCACAAAGUGAAUGAGUUAGUGGAAAUGUGAUCCUGAAUUGGUGUCGCAAAAACAAGAGAGAGCCAAGCAAGAAAAGCAUGGGGAGGCAUCAAAGAAACUUGCAAGAAGAAGGACGAGUUCUAUUACAAAGUGCCACCACAAGACCGCGACGACUAAUACCACUUCUCCAUCGACAAAGCACAACUGGGCAGGAUGAAACUACUACCCGGGUAGUCGUACCAGUGGAAGAAGAAACUCAAUAAUCUGCAAAACCACUGACAACAUUUCUCCAGAAUUUUAUCUCAACCUUUUUCUUCUUCACAAUGGGAAGAAAAGAGCUCCCCAGUAGCAGCACUACGACACCAAUAAUGUUGACUCCAAUUCCGACGUUUCGCCUCAUAGAUUCCCCCGAAAAGGAGCGCAGUAGAAGAAGAAAACCGCAAAUGUCAUUCCAGCAGAGAAAUCUAAAUCAUGUGUUCACAUUUCCCCUAUUAAUCCCCGUAGUGGUGGCUACCCUGCUCCUAUUUAUAAUCCGCCCUGGGAGUGGGUUACACCCACCGCAAUGCCAGUGGGACCUGUAUCAAGACAUUGAACGAUUAAAAUGUAAUGUGGAUCCGGGAAACACCUUGAUCGUGGAGGAAGAGGUGCACGGGGCCGGACCCGAGCAUGCAAAAUCCCUCUGGGUCCAAUGUAGUGAUAAUGUUCAUACGACGAGUGGUAGCGUAGAUAAUAAACAGUUGGGAGGAGGGGACGACGGAGAGGAAGAGCUGCAAGUCGACAGCUAUUUUGGGAGUGAAAAGACUUCGCUAAAAGUGGCAGGCGGGGACACUGGUGGGGGAUUUGUCCUCUCCCAUGGGGUAUUCAUGGCUGUUCCAAACCUGCGUGAUUUGCGCCUAGAAAAUUGUCGCAUUGCUGGCAUCACGCCUGGCGCCUUGGGGUACCUCCCAUAUUUGCAAAAUUUUACACUCCGUGCUCACACUAGUCAUUCUCCGUGGUCAUCAUCAUCUCAUGUGCGAUCAUCCUCUCCAGCCAUGUUAGAGAUCAAGCCUGGCGUACUCCGAGGACUUCCAGAACUUCGUCACCUCGACUUAUCCACUACUAGUCUGAGCUCGCUACCAAACGACUUUCUCUGCUUUCUCCCUUCCCUUAAUUACCUCAAUCUCACGGGCUCCGGGCUACGAGAUUUUCGCUCUAUCGGAAUACAAAUACAAGAUCCUACGAAUCCUCAUAAUUGUGCGAAUCAAAUGCGAAUUCUAGACCUUUCAAAUAACCACUUCAACCUCCUUCCGCCCGCCACUUUCUCCACUGUUAGUCGACUGGAGGAGCUCAGAAUUGAUGGAAACUCCAUCACUAGUGCGUCCGAGAGAGCCCUACUGGGUUUGAACCAUUUAAAAAUAUUUUCCGCAGCGGGGAAUCAACUGUCCUCCCUUCAGCCAGAGUUUUUCAAAGACAAUCGUCAACUGCAAGAAAUAUAUUUACAAAAGAAUCAAUUAAGUGUGCUCGCUCCGGGACUUUUGACCGGGUUGGAACAAUUGGUUGUGGUGGACCUUUCGAGCAACGAGUUAACGAGUGAGUGGGUGAUUGGUGAAACUUUUCGAGGUUUAGUGCGACUCGUAAUUUUAAGACUGGACAACAACAAGCUGACUCGAAUUGACUCGGUCUUGUUCCGAGACCUGUACAGCUUGCAAGUCCUCUCACUCGAGAACAACAUGAUAUCUACCGUGACUGAGGAUGCGUUCUCCGGAAUGUAUAAUAUUCACACGCUGCUACUUUCACAUAACCAACUCAAAGUCAUUGACACCUUCAUUUGCAACGGGCUCGGAGUUCUCUCCUUCCUGGCGUUGGACAACAAUAAAAUUGAGACCGUUGGGGUGGACAGCUUUAAAAAUUGUUCGAAUGUGAUGGAUCUUAAUUUCUCGGGGAAUAAGUUAACCCAGGUUCCGGAAGCUAUUGGAGCGUUGAAUCUCAUCAAAACGUUGGAUCUGGGAGAGAAUAAGAUUACAGAUAUUUCAAACGCGUCGUUCGCCUCGCUACCAAAUUUGUAUGGGCUGCGUUUAACGGACAAUCUCAUAGGUCACAUACCAAAAGAUGCAUUGUCCAAUUUGCCCUCGCUCAAGAUUGCUAAUUUCGCAAAGAAUAAAAUUUCCUCGAUCGAACAAAAGGCUUUUGAUAACAAUCCAAACCUCCAGGCUCUCCGCGUUGACAAUAAUGCCAUCAAAGGAAUGUUUGGCCUAUUCAAAAAUAUUCCUAACCUCUUGUGGCUAAACAUUUCCGGAAAUAAAUUGGAAGAGCUUGACUACAAAGAAUUUCCCCCACGCAUCCAAUGGGUCGACCUUCGUUCCAAUAUGAUAUCCAAACUUGGAACCUGUCUGGAGAUUGACAAUCUGAGAAUCCGUAACCUCGAUAUCUCACAUAACCUCAUAACUGAGAUCGGUCAAUCCAAUUUACCCGACUCCAUCGAGAACUUAAUCAUGAGCCAUAAUCGUAUCCAUCAAGUGCAACCGUACACCUUCUUCCGCAAGCCGAACAUUACACGCGUUGAUUUAUCAAACAAUAAAUUAGAACGGCUCUCUGAAAAUGCGCUCCGUUUGUCUUCUGGAGCGGAUGGAGGAGUGAAACCGAUCGCGGAGAUAUUGUUGGGGCACAAUCCUCUAAUUUGUGAUUGCACGCUGCCCUGGUUGAGAGACAUGAAUAGUGGAGAGACAUCCGGUCAAUAUCCCAACAUUAUGGAUGUCGAGGAUGUCAAAUGCACUUUACUCUUUGACCGAGGAAAUGAUCCAGUGCCGUUUAUGGAUAUUGCUCCCAGUCAGUACCUCUGCAAAUAUGAGUCACACUGCUUCUCACUCUGCAGCUGCUGCGACUUUGACCAUUGCGACUGUCAGAUGAGCUGUCCUAAAAACUGCAGUUGCUUCCAUGAUGCAGAAUGGAACACCAAUUUGGUAGAUUGUUCCAGGAUGGAGGAAAGUUCCAUCCCUUCGAAAAUUCCCAUCGACGUGACUCAACUACACUUGGAUGGAAACGUGUUCCCCGUUUUGCAGAGCCAUUCAUUCAUCGGGCGAAAGAACAUGGAGGCCUUGUAUCUUAAUUUUUCGCACAUUGAAAAAAUCCAGAACCGAAGUUUUCACGGAUUGAAGGCUCUUCGAGUCCUGCAUUUGGAAAACAACUUUAUCGAGAGGCUGGAUGGGUUUGAGUUUGAUGAUUUGGACGACUUGGAGGAAUUGUACCUUCAUCAAAAUAGCAUAUCAUUCAUUUCAAAUCAGACAUUUGCUUCGAUGGUGGCUCUUAAAUUCUUGACCCUUCACGGGAAUAGCCUCGUGGAUUUGGCCAUUUGGGAAGUUGUGUUGCGCGGAGGAGGAAGGGGAAUUGGUGGUCAUUUAAUUCCGAGCAGUAGUGAUACUCACAUUACUCUGAGGGGGAACGAGUUCUCGUGUGAAUGUCAGUUUGCUACCCAGCUUAAGGACUGGUUGAUGGAAAACUCGGCCAAAAUUAGUGACGCGAAUCAAGUCCAUUGUGUGGAUCAAGUCUCAACUUCGGCAUCUUUAUCACCAUCUAAUAAACAGUCCUCUUUCUCCUCUAAUUCUGCUCUAGUGCCACUUUCACCGAGCAGCUCUGGUAGUGUAAGCAGCAGUGGUGGUGGUAGUUCUUCGAGUGGGAAAAGUGCGACAGAGUUGAUCGUGGUGAGACUACUGGACCAGAGAAAUCACCGGUGUUCUCAGUCCACCGAUUUAAGCAUUCGUGAACCUACUACCCGUUCCGGGGAUGAGUUUGAGUGGUCUGUGUACGUUCCAGUGAUUGUGAUCAGUAUUGGACUACUUUUGCUCGUGUGUCUCGUCUCCAUUGUUUGCUACUACUGGAGAAAGGCUUUGCGAGUGUGGUUUUAUGCAAAUUGCGGCCUUCGGCUUGAGGGAACGUGCAGAGAGCCGCAUGCAGAAGAAAAACUAUUUGAUGCGUUUGUAAGCUACAGUAACAAAGACGAAGCCUGGGUGAGACAAGUCUUUGCGGCCGAGUUGGAGCGCAAUGAUCCACCGUAUAGACUUUGCCUACGUUACCGUGACCUCCCAACCGGUGGCACUUAUCUGGGCGACACCAUCGUUCAAGCUGCAGACGCCUCUAAACGGAGCGUCCUGAUACUUUCUCAUCAUUUCCUAAAAGGAGAAUGGAGCAGGACAGAUGUUAGAAGUGCUCAUCACUCCGUUUUAAAGGAUCGACAUCGUAAAGCGAUCAUCAUCAUCUUGGGAGAUCUCCCCUCCAAAGAUUUAGAUCCAGACAUCCGUCUCUACCUCAAGAACCAUACCUAUCUCAAUUGUGACGACAAAAAGUUUUGGGACAAGCUACGCUACGCUUUACCCGACGUUAAGGUAAAGUCGCCCAUGUUCCGGGGUACCACUGGACGGAGCAGCACUGCCAUGCAUAACCAGCAGAAUGGUGGGGCUGGUCAUCGCGCAAUGCCCCCACAUCCCCCACCUCACUACCAGUAUCCACUUCCCCCACCCCCCACACAGUCGCAGUACCACCAACCAUCCCCCAACCUCACCUCGUCGCAUCAUCACCUUCUCAAUAGUGCAAAUAAUAGUGCGAAUAAUACGCUUCACCACCAACAACAGCAACAAAACAUGUUGAACGCGCUCAACGGUGGGGGUGUCUUUCUCCCCAAUGGGAUGACCAUGAGUGGUGGUGCGGGGGGCAUGAUGGGCAGUCAUCACCACAUGACGCCGAACAUUGUCCCGCUCGUGGCCACAGCCAACGGCGGUGGUGGGAGUGGUUCCGGUUCGCUAAGAAAUAGUCAGCAGAGACAGUAUCAUACCAUUGUGAAUAGUAGUUUAAAUGGUGGGCAUCCCAAUAACAAUCGACACAAUAAUGCCGUGCACAUAUGACACAGGGACAUUUUAGGAUACUCUCCCACUCUAAACCACUACUCGUCACCGGCCCCGGUCUGAUAUUUGUACGUUUAAAAUCUUAUGCUAUUAUUUAUUCAUUCGGAAAUAUAUAUAUGGUAUGGAUUGACUUUAUACAUAUAAUAAUGACCUUUAACUCGCCAAUGAACCGUAAUUCUAAUGUAUUUACCUCGGUGGAGUAAUGAAAAAAAUCUCGUUUUUUACAUUUUUUAUUAAGCCUACUUAUCUCAACAACAUGAUUAAAAUGCAAGUGAUAUUCUCCGGUAUGUUAAAAAAUGAAAACUGUUUAUUGUAAUUACAUUAUGCAUAUUAAAUGUACAGUUAGGAUAAGUAAGAGAUGAUAAUCGUAUUAAAAGUAAUAAAUAAUAAGUCGCAGCAAUUACGUAUUUACAUAUAUAAAAUCUCAACUUGUUUUCUUAACGUAACAUAUUUUUUUGUAUAAGUCUAAUUUUUUUCGAAAUGGUACAAAAUAGAAACCGAUUAUUAUUAUUGUUAUCACUUAAAACUAUACAGACUUGAAGAAGAAAAAUAAUUGACUAUUUACGACAACAGUACUGUUUCCGAUGGUGUCUUAUUCGUGUGAAUAAAACAAUACUGAGAGAUGCGAGAUGCUGAAAUGAACUGAAAA